UCUGGUGUGUACGUAAGUAUGUAAAAAGAUAUUUGUGAAAUUGUGCUGUGAAAAAAUACUGUUUUUUUAUCUCCGAUAUGUACAACUUUUUUCACUACUUUCGGGAAAUCUUACACCUGAAUUGGAAUUGCCUUUCAAUAGAAGCAGGAUUCCAAAAACCUUUCAAAUGCUUCCAGAAAGAAAAACUACAUAGUGUCAAAAGUAAAGUGAGUUAGUCUUACUUCAAUUGUUAUGCAGAACUGCGCAAAUAAAUCUACACGAAGGAAUCGUAUAAAUAAAUUGGUUUAUCUGGAUUUUUUAUUCAAUUGUAUUGGAUUGACUAGAGUCAAAAGUCCUGCAAAUUGUAUGUAGGACUGAGUUUGACACACAAUAUGCAUACUUAUGUACCUUUGACUUUCAUCCUGCGUCACUUUCACCAUUUUGCUUCACUUCAAUGCUCCAUCCACAAGCUCGGCCCAGUUAUCAAUUGGUGCUCGUCGACUAAAUUAUAUGGGAUUGGUAAUCGUUGUAGGAGUGGCGAAUGCAAAAUAUAAUCCAUUAAGUAGUUCAGCAUCUCGUAAAAUCUAGAGCAAUUAAUUUCAGAUUGACAAAAACGGGAUGUGUAUCAAGAAAAUCCUCCUAUGGGACGGCUCAGACAGAUGUCAAAAGGAAUAUCAAAAUGAUACUUUCUCUGCAGGUUUCUGUCCAUCCGUGUGGGACAACUUUCUCUGCUGGCCUCCCACUCCUCCAGGUAACAAGAGCAUAAUCCAGUGCCCACAGCUAAACUGGAACGAUGUUGGAAAAUUAGCAUUUCGCUAUUGCCUGGAAAACGGGUCAUGGACUGGAGGCGAUCAACAAAAUCCUGACGCCGAGUGGACGACAAACAAUUCUUGUCUAAAUCCCUAUGUCCAAGAAUUCAUGAAGAAUAUUCACGGAUCACAGGUAAAAAAAUCACAUAAAGCUUUGUGUAUUUUUUGUAGUUUCUCGUGACAGGAUGCUAUUUACAAAAAAACCUCGAUAUAGUCUGCUACAAAACUGAAAAUCUGAAAUUACAGCAUAACGCUAUGACUUUAUUGCAGACGAAACCUGGAAUUUACGAAGCCAAUCGCACUCUGGAAAUAAUUGGAUUGACAUUUUCAAUAUUUUCACUUCUGAUGUCCCAAAUAUUUUUUCAUGGAUUCAGGAAUUUGCAAAACAACCGAACCAUGAUUCAUAAAAACCUGUUUGUUGCGGUGAGCAUUCAAGUAAUUGUGCAACUUAUUCAGCAUUUUGACAAAAUCUACACUUCCGAUGUGUACAUACUAGAGACGAUGAAAUACGCAUGUGAAACGGCGUAUGUUUUGAUGGAAUACGUUCAAACUGCAAUAUUCCUCUGGAUGUUCAUUGAAGUACUUCACCUUCACAAACUGAUAACAGUCACAGCUUUCCAAGAGUUUCUCACUAUAAAAAUCUAUUACAUUUUGGGAUGGGGAUCUCCAAUAUUGCCAAUAAUAAUAUGGGGAGGGCUUACCUAUCACUCGUCAUAUAACUUUGUUUGUUUCGCUGGGUACAAUCUGUCUGGAUUCUCUUGGACCCUGGUUCCACGCCAAUUUGUAUUCGGGCUAAAUCUCCUCUUCCUUGCCAACAUCAUUCGAAUACUGGGGACGAAGUUGAGCGACAGUAAUUCUGCGCAAACAAUCCAAGUUCGGAAAGCAGUGAAAGCAGGAGUUGUCCUUGUUCCGCUGAUGGGCAUUGCAAACCUCGUCCAGUCGACUUACUGGCCAUUGGAAAUGAACAUUAUUCAGCUGGGCAAUUUGUCCUACCUUGUCACCACGCUAAUUUCAUUCCAGGGGUUCUUUUGCUCCCUCAUUUACUGCUUUCUUAAUCGACAGGUAAAACAAUCCUUGAAACGUUUUUUCAAGGACUGGAAAGCCCGGAUUACUACUACUCGGCAGAAUCCAAACGCCAGUCCGGACGCGUUUUUCGUUGUACCAAAUCCGACUCCUUUUGGGGCAAUGGUUGAUUCUCCCGACCGCAUCAGAAGAAAUCAAAGAUCCAGAUCGGAGGAGUUGAGAAAGCAUAAACAGCAGCGGACUUUCGGGGGCUCUGUGGGAAAGCGGAAGGUGAAAGUUGUUGGGGAAGGAGCAGGAGUCGACCCUUUCUUUGAGCACUGGAGCGAUGUGGAACUGUCGGCACACAAUAAUGUCGAUAUUGAGCAAAUUGAGAUCCCACUCCAAUAUUUCGCACAAGGACCGAACACUGUGCACAGCAAUAUUGACACUGCAUACUCAAAAUUGGCAACUUCAUCCCGAACAGCGCAAUCCACAAGCAUGGACGCCAGGAUUUCCCACGUUGACCUCAAUUCACCAGGAUCAUCAAGUAACAAAGCUUGUCAGAGAGGUCAGAGGGGGCAAGCUCAGGGACAAGUUAGAAGCAUCUUGUCCAAAAUUGAUAUCUCACGUCCUCAGUUGCCCCACAAUGCUGAUCAGCAGAUCAUGGAAUAAGGGGCGAAUUGGGAAUCUCAUCAUCCAACUUUUCUCAUUUCCAACAACAUGUAGAUGCGUAGAAGUUAUACAGACAAUUGUUUCAGUAGUAUAUAUACCUCUAUGUAGAUUCAAUAUUACUACCUCAGAUUUUGAUAAUCAGAUCCUGAAUCUGAUUAUAAACUUUCUCUGCAACCGCUUGUCAGUUAUCUAUUUUGGAUGAUUCUAAAUGUUGCAUCCUGCAAAAUGCUUAAAUAUAUUAGCAAAAUCUGACUUGUUCGCUUACCUGAUUAUAUUGUACAAAUAAAAUUCAUAGUUGUGUUUAUCAUGACAUUCUGCGAAGAUGUUAGUAGCCGACUCUGAUAGUCUAGUAUUGUAAUUACAUAUGCAACUCUCUAUACA